CUCUACAUAAGUCAUAUUCGUUCUCAAAGUUGAAGUUGGAUGGGCAGCGGCCAAAACAAGGAAGAAUUGCGCACUUGGCUUGUUCCCUCACCUCGACAAAACUGGGGCCGGAGGGGUCAAUCUCGAAGGGCCACCCCACCACCACCUGACCAAGCAAGAACAAUGAACUUCGUGGAUGGCGAUAACAGAGAUUAUCCAUUGACAUGGGGAGAGAACAAUCCAGUGCCAUCCCCAGCUAAAUCAAUUUUUUUUCUCAGUUUGCUCAAACAAAGGAUUACCUAGAAACCAUUUAGAACAGUUCAUAUAAACUCUCAAUCGGUUCGAUCUACUAGGAUCUCAUGCCGAUCGUGAUCGCAGCCUCAGGGAGACAGCGGCGCAAAGUUCGUUUCACUGCUUCCACUGCUUCCAACCAAACACCGAAGACGAGAAACACGCAGAACCUCACCAUCAAGCCUAAGUAUCCGAAUAGCAGACCUUUACCUCCUGUGUCUUCUUCGACUACUACUCCUGUUGCUGCUACGGCAGUCACUACUGACUCACAAUCAUCGCCAAAACACCACGACAAGAUGUGUGAACCACAAGUGCAACCCGGUGUGCCCGGUCUGUUCACCACGCCGCCUUUGCUCUUGGAUGCCUUGGUCACAGAGACCUCCGAGGCUCAGGCCGAGACGGUCAGCAAAUGUCUGCCAUUCUUGAAGGGGACUCACAGCACCCAGAAUGGCCCCUUCAAUCGAUUUGGCGUGCCCGCCCUCAUGAGGGAUGAGCAUGUAGCCUAUUUGUUUGAUUCCUUAGAAGACUAUCCGGAAGGUUUCGUUGCCAUGGACGCCAGCCGGCCAUGGUUGGUCUACUGGGCAUUGGCAGCCUUGAGCCUCCUGCGUGAGGAUACUAGUAAAGUUCGUGAACGGGUUAUCAAUACAUUCAUGUCUAUGCAAAAUCCAGCAGGGGGCUUUGGAGGUGGCCAUGGCCAAUUGUCCCACUGCGCUUCCAGCUAUGCUGCUGUGCUUUCCCUUGCGAUGAUCGGAGGCGAAGAAGCAUACAGCUUGAUCGACAGGGAGAAAAUGUGGAGAUGGCUGGGGAGGUUGAAGCAGCCUGAUGGGGGCUUCGGAGUCUGCGAAGGUGGGGAGGAAGAUGUGCGCGGCGCUUACUGCGCGAUGGUCAUCAUUUCACUACUCGAUUUGCCACUGGUUUUACCCCCGGAAGCUGAAGCCAGGCACCAUGGUCUGGAGACGUUCGAUAGUGGUCUCUCCGCGUACCUGUCUCGAUGUCAAACCUUUGAAGGUGGCAUUUCCGGGAGCCCCGGGUCUGAGGCACAUGGCGCUUAUGCAUUCUGUGCUUUGGCGUGUCUGUGCAUCCUAGGCCAACCCGAGGUGACUGUGGCAAGGUGCAUGGAUAUCCCUUUACUACUGUCCUGGCUCUCCGCUCGACAGUAUGCCCCUGAAGGAGGAUUCUCAGGUAGAACCAAUAAGCUGGUAGACGGAUGCUACAGCCACUGGGUCGGGUCGUGCUGGCCAUUGAUUCAAUCCGCGCUCGACGGAGCUCAGCCAGCUGAAGGGCCUAAGCAGAGCUCUGUAGGCAACCUCUACAGCCGAGAAGGCUUGACGAGAUACAUCCUUGGGUGUUGCCAGGCCAAGUUUGGAGGUCUUCGUGAUAAGCCUGGAAAACAUGUCGAUUCAUAUCAUACCUGCUACACCCUCGCGGGUCUAAGCACUACUCAGCACCACCACUAUCAUACAACCUGCAGUGUCUCCACCAAGGAUGAUUUCGCGUCGGCGUUCUCGUGGCAAUACACUUCGACGAUUGCCUCAGAUGGCGAGCCGGGAGAUGCAAACGUGUUCGACGAGACUGAUAGGGUCGCCGCUCUUCAUCCGCUCUACGUAAUUCCCCAUGCAGCUGCGGAGAGCAUGCGUCUGUGGUGUGAGAGGCAACCUACAUGGGCCUAAAAUGCGAUGGUCAGCACGGAGCUUGGAAGAAUCCUUUGUGUAGUUUGACGGGGAAAGCCAGCGAGACAUGGUGUCAGAUAGGGGGGCGACCCUGACUUGUACAGUAUAACAUACGUAAGCAUAAACUUGGUGUUAAGGAAUCUGUGUGACCCCUGGCUUGAAUGGAGCGUCAGUAGCAGGACGUGCCCUUCAGCAAACCAAGCGGGAUGGCAGACAAGAAUGCAACGGCAGUCGAAGAUGACUGAGGUAGCACGAACUGUUCUGUUCGCUUUGAUCUGGACUCGAGCUUCGUCUCCGUACCACCUGAGCCGCCUGAGAGUCUUCUGUUUUCUUUGUGCCUAUAGUGCGAUUGAUGCCAUUCUAGCUUUCCCGGGUACCUUCCAACCCCAGCCGAUCCUCU